AUGGCGACAUCGAAUUCGAGGUGGAAUUUCCGGCGAGCGGCCGUAUGGGCAACAGCAUUUGCUAGCGGAGUCAUGGGCAGCGAUGUUUUAGUGACAAGCGGAUUCAACAACUGUCAGACCAACAGCGGUAUUAGGGUUCAAAAGGUGGAUAUUUCUUUCAACAAUGCCGACAAGGUCGUGGUUUUCGACGUCGCAGGUUCGAGCAAUCAAGAGCGUAAUAUAACGGCAUCGCUUUCUGUGACAGCGUACGGAAAAGAUAUUUACUCCAAGAACUUCAAUCCUUGCAGUACGGACACAUUUAUCGAGACGCUAUGUCCUGUUCCGCAAGGUGUCUUUACCGCAAAGGGCGACCACGCGAUACCUGCAGCGUACGCCAAUGUUAUUCCCGCUGUUGCUUUCCAGGUACCCGAUAUUUCAGCCGAGGCGACUCUAAAGCUUAUGUCCUUAGAUGGUACGGAGGAGAUAGGCUGUAUCCAGGCACAAAUAACGAACGGUAAAACGACCGCUGUAUCCGCAGUUUCAUAUGUCGCCGCCGGUGUAGCGGGAGCAGCCCUGUUGAUGGGUGGUGUUGGAGCCAUUGGUGCAGCUGGGGGAGGAGCUGGCGCGGCCGGCGGUGCAGCAGGUGGAGGUACUAUGAGCCCAAGUUUCACGGAGAUGGUUGGUAUUUUCCAAGGGUUCGCCAUGAACGGUAUGAUGUCUGUCCAGACGCCACAGAUCUACCGUAGCUUCACGAAGAACUUCGCCUUCUCGACGGGCAUCAUCCCAUGGAGGCAAAUGCAGAUCUCUAUCGAUAACUUUCGAGCCAUGACGGGUGGAAACUUAACCAGGGACAGCGUCGAAUUCCUCCAGCAAGCUACUCUCGUCUAUCCUGACGGCUCAACUUCAAGCGGCAAAGGAUCGCUCUUUGGUCGUUCUGUAGCAGAUGCGGCUCACCUUGCCGUUCGUGAUGCUUCGAGUACUGACACGGACAUAGCAACCAGUACCGAAGCGACGAUUCGCGCAGCUGUCUCGGGUAUUCAGGGAUACGCUCAGCAACUGUCCGUACCGCAAUCCAACACCUUCAUGACGGUUUUAUUGAUUGUCGCUAUCAUUGUGGCUGUCAUCGUUGUCGGUAUCUUAUUGGUGAAGGUUAUCCUCGAGGCCUGGUCGCUGUAUGGCCACUUUCCCGAGUCCUUGACUGGUUUCCGCAAGCAUUACUGGGUUUCGAUCGCUCGCGCCAUCACGUCUCUCAUCUUACUUCUCUAUAGUAUCUGGGUUCUAUAUUGCGUAUUCCAAUUUACGCACGGUGACUCUUGGGCGGCCCAGCUUCUUGCUGCUCUUACGCUUCUCUUGUUCACAGCCGUUCUUGCAUUCUUCUCCUGGAGGAUCUGGUCUGUCGCACACAAACUAAAGAGUAUUGAAGGAGACGCGUCGGGUCUUUACGAGAAAAAGGAGCACUGGAUGAAGUAUUCCCUCUUCUACGAGUCGUAUAGGAAGGAUUACUGGUGGAUCUUUGUACCGGUCAUUGGUUACAUGUUUGCCAAGGGUUGUGUUCUUGCUGCUACCGACGGCAAUGGUAUGGCGCAAUCGAUUUGUCUCUUGAUCGUUGAAGGGUCAAUGUUGGCCUUGUUGGCCUGGAGCAGACCGUUCGAGCGGAAAUCUGGCAAUAUUAUCAAUAUUUCCAUCGCGGUUGUGCGCGUCCUUUCUAUCGUCUGUGUCCUCGUCUUCGUCGAAGAAUUCGGAAUCGCUCAAACAACACAGACAGUCGCCGGUGUCGUUUUGAUCGGCCUACAAUCAGCUCUCGCCGGAGCCCUCGCAAUCCUCAUCGCAUGGAACGCAAUCAUAGCUUUGUGCAAGCAGAACCCGCACCGCAAGCGCAGAAAGGAGAUGGAGCAAUACCAGCGCGAUAUGGACAACUUGACGCCUCUUGAUGCGCGCAAUUCGCUACUCCUGGGUCGUAUGAAGAGUAACGACACCAGGUUCACCAUUACCUAUACCAAUUCUGUAACAGACACCAAGCAGCCACUCGACCGUCGGUCCCCUUCACCGGAUCCAUUUAUGGGUAUUGCGGUCGAGCAGUCCGAUACCUACUCGCCGUUAAACCUUUCGUACAACACCAGACCCCUAACCCCCAGCGCACCGGUUCGAGGUUCGGAUCUAAAUGCGGCUCCAAACGUCGGGGGUGGGCAAGGCAAUGACCAAAAGAUGAAUUCGGAGUAUCGCGGACCAACCGUGUACUAA